AUGGCGUCCUCCUCUACCAGCACGCCGCUGCUCUAUGCCUGCAUUGCCCAUAACAGCACCAUCCUCACCGAGCACACUGCCUCUGCCUCCUCGCAAACCUCAUCCCUCGCCUCGCUCAUCCUCCCCAAAAUCUCGCACGCCUCACCGCAAAAGCUCACCUACACCCAUGGCCAACACUUCAUCCACUAUAUCGCCAGCGCCGCCUCGGAAUACCCGGCCUCGCAAUCCUCCGCCGGCGGCCUGGCCUACCUGGUCAUCGCCAGCUCGAGCCUGGGCCGGCGGGUGCCGUUCGGCUUCCUGGUCGAGAUCAAGAAGCAAUUCCUGGCGCAGUACGACCCGGGGCGGACCGACUUUGCAUCACUGCCGGCCUACGGCUGCGCCGCCUUCAACGGCACGCUCAAGCGGCUGAUGGUCGACAUGGGCGCUUCCGAGGAGGGUCAGAAUGACGCCAUCCGCAACGUCCAGACCGAGAUCGCCGGCGUGCGCGAAAUCAUGACCGAGAACAUUGAGCGCGUGCUCGAGCGCGGCGAGCGCAUCGACUUGCUCGUCGACAAGACCGACCGCCUUGGCGGCAACGCCCGCGACUUCCGCGUCCGCUCCCGCGGCCUCCGCCGCCGCAUGUGGUGGAAGAACGUCAAGCUCAUGGUGCUGCUCGUCGUCGUCGUCAUUUUCCUCAUCUACCUUUUUGACUUGGCGCUCUAUGGCAUUGGUUACUGA